AAUACGGCAAUGAAUAAGGCAAUCGUCGGCGUACUUGCGGUAGCUUUGUACCUAUACUCGUAUCUAGCAGAAGCACGGAGGCCUAAUACAGUAAUAGAUUAUCAGAAAUGGAAAGAGCAGGAAGACGCAAAACAAAAAAAGCAUUUUGAAAAACUUCAGAGAACGGAUCAGGAUGAAGCUAACAAUGCUUUACUGACGAACUUACAGAGCAGUCUUUACACAAGUGGUUUAUCUGACGCACAGAAACGCCAUAUUUAUGGCGCAAUAACAUCGCUGAAAAUUGCAGCAACAGUUAAUGAUGUCUAUUUCAAAAAAGCUGCUUACAACGAUGCACUCGGCACAUUUAUUAGUGUUUUAUCGUCGUGAAUGAGCCCUUUGCAUAGACUUAGAUGCGUUUA